CAGGUGUAUCCUAUAGCAUGGGCUAUUUUUGAUGUUGAAAACAAGCCUAACUGGACUUGGUUUAUUGAGCUUCUUAGAGAUAGUGUAGACCUUCAUGAUGGCAGAGGAUUGGUGGUGAUAUCUGACCAACAUAAGGUCUGUUUUCAAUACUCCAUUUCAUAUAAAUGUUAAUACAAUUUAAAAGGGAUGCAUAUUGACUUGAAUGUUCUUGUCUUGUAGGGAUUGGUUGAAGUUGUAAAAGAUAUACUCCCAAAUGUUGAGCACAGGCAAUGUGCCAGGCAUGUUUAUGCCAAUUUCAAGAAAGCAUACACAGGGUUGGAGUUCAAGAAAUUAUUUUGGGCUACAUCAAUGAGUUGUGUAGAAAGUGACUUUAUGAGGCACAUGGAAACCAUCAAGAAGUUGAGCCCAUCUGCAUAUGAGUACUUGAUGUCAAGACAACCAAAAACAUGGUGUAGAGCUUACUUUGAUAGGGGUUAUGCGUGUGAAGCAGUUGAGAAUGGAAUCUCUGAGUGUUUCAACUCAAUCAUUGUUGAUGCUAGGAAAAAACCCCUUAUCACAAUGCUUGAGGAGAUCAGGAUAUAUAUAAUGGACAGGUUUUCCCACAUGAUAGAGGAAAAUGUUAAAUGGAAAUCAAAUGUUUGUCCUGCUAUACUUAGGAAAAUGCAGUUGUUUGGGAAAAAUAUGAGGUUAUGGGUUGUAGUUCAUAGUCAAGGACAUGUUUUUGAAGCUAGAAGAGGAUGUGACAGCUAUAUGGUGGACUUGGACAGCAGGACUUGCAGUUGCAGAUUAUGGGAUUUGUCUGGGAUCCCAUGUGUACAUGCAAAUGCAGCCAUCAACUACAUCAAUCAAACACCAGAUGUAUAUAUUGAUGGGUACUUUUCAAAGGAAAAUUUUAAAAAGUCUUACUCCUAUAAUAUAAAACCAGUGAAUGGGAGUAAUCUUUGGAGCCAAACUGGAUUCAUAAAGCCAUUGCCUCCUUUGGCUAGGAGAAUGCCAGGUAGGCCUACUACCAAAAGGAAGAGGCAUGCUAGUGAGCAAGAGGGGAGGUUUUCAUCAACAAGGGUAUUUGUACCAAGAACAGUAAGAUGUGGGAAAUGCUUAGAGUAUGGCCAUAAUCAAAAAAGUUGUAAGAAUGAGAAAAAAACCAGUAGUACCCUUGCUACCAAAGAAAAGAGGCAGACCAAGGAAACAUCCAUUGUUAACUGAAUAUGAUGAGUCAUUAAGAGCUUCUCAAUCCAGUCAGCCUCCAAUGCAGAAAAACAAGUCAAAGAAAGAAGCAUCAAGUUCCAAGGUUUUAAAAGCCUCAAGGUCCAAAAAAGAAGCAACUGAAUUUGAUGAAUCAUUAAGAGCUUCUAAAUCCAGUCAGCCUCUAAAGAAGAAAAACAAGUCAAAGAAAGAAGCAUCAAGUUCCAAGGUUUUAAAAGCAUCAAGGUCCAAAAAGAGG